AAUCAGUAGCUAUUCUACAGUCAAAUAACAAAGGAAUAAAUAUUAACAAAGCGUUUUUUAAACCCAGCUGAUAUUAAAUUCAAAUUAAAAGUUUUUCUCUGUUAAUUAAACUAAAGUUAACAUUUGUUAUAAAAGAAACAUUUCAACAAGUUUUCGAACAAAAUGGAUAACAAUGAGAAAGCCGCCAAUGACUCUAAACGGCCUUAUAAGUAUAUAGUAGCGUUGGAUUUUGAAGCCACCUGUUGGUUGCAUCAACCACCGGCAGAAUAUAGAAAUGCAGAAAUUAUAGAAUUUCCAGCAGUUUUAUUAAAUCUAGAAACUGGGCAAAUAGAAGCUGAAUUUCAUCAAUAUCUCAAGCCCAGAGAAAAGCCGCAAUUAAGUGAUUAUUGUCUUGAACUCACUGGUAUAACCCAGCAAACAGUUGAUAAUGGCAUAUCAUUAAAAUCGUGCCUACAACUGUUCGAAGAAUGGUUAAGCAAAGAAUUGAGAUCACGUCAACUCCAACUGCCAAAGGAAUCAAAAGAUAACCCAUUGGGCAAUUGUGCUUUCGUUACAUGGAGCGAUUAUGAUUUGAGCGUAUUUUUAGAAUUAGAAUGUCGUAGAAAAUCGAUUGAAAAACCUAAAUAUUUAGAUCAAUGGAUUAAUAUGCAAGCAAUAUUUAAAAAAAAAUUCCAUAGAAGAAAAAGUAAUAACUUUUCGAAUGCUUUAAAUUAUGUCGGCUUAAAAUUUAGAGGCCAACAACAUGCUGGUAUUGAUGAUGCCCGAAAUUUAGCUUACUUAACAUAUAAAAUGGUUAAGAAGGGGACAACUUUGAAGAUAACCACUGAUAUGUCUCCCACUGUUUGGAAUCUUAAUUGUUUCUGAUGAAAAUUGUUCUAUAAAACAAAUCUUUAAAUUUCCUUUCAUGGAGUGAUUUAAUAAAAUUUUUAUGACAAACUUUAAUGUUUGUGUCUAUAGCCAA